AUGGGCUGGACUAAAAGCCAUAUCUCUUCUGAUUGGGGACAAUCAACUGCUAUGGCGCCAAACGGCGAAAAAAUUGUAGUUUUCGCAUAUCACACGUGGGAGGUUAAUCCGGAUGGAAUUUACACUCAAGUAAUAUCUGAAUGGCCAAAUACUGUAGCUGCUACUACUAAUGGAAACUUUAUUUACGCUAUUCGUCCUGACGGAUUCAUUCACAAGAUUAACACCUCAUCGUAUUCCACUUUCAAAUGGGCUGAAGCCGGCGGUGGGUGGGAUAAGGCAAAAGGAAUUUUUGCUUACAAUGAUCGUAUUUAUGUUAUACUACCAGAUUCUAUCUGGGAAAUUCGUCUUGACGGCACUUAUAAAAAGGUACAAAAUGAAUCCUGGAAAACUACGCAAUCUAUAGUUGUAAUUGGUGAUUAUGCUUAUUUAAUGGCUGAUUAUGGUAGAAUUUGGAAACUUAAUUUAAAAUAUUGGACCUACAGAGUUCUUUGCAAUGGCUUGGAAAAAACACGCCAAUUACUUACAUUUGAUAAUAAGUUAUUUGCUUAUGAUGUAUAUCUUAGAAUAGUUGAUACUGAUACCGGUGAACAAACUGUUUUAUUUACUGAUAAUUGGAAUGAAGUAUUAGCUGGUUGUAAUACUGCUAGUGCAAUGUACUGUAUAUAG